AUGCCAGCUUCACGAGCUUUAUGCGCUGCACCGCGUCAUGUUUAUGCCGGUAUGGUUACGAACAAGACAAGUAAACCCGUUAAAUGUACGAUUCAUUAUGCAACUGGCGCAAACAAUGCCGAAGAAUCCAUUUCUGUCACAUUGGAUGCCGGUGGUCGAGCUUGUAUACCUGAACGUGAUUAUCAACCGUCACCUGACGCAACAUUUACAUGUCGUAAAGUUGUAUCUCGUAUCGAAGUUCAAGAUGACAAUAAAACUUANGAUUAUCAACCGUCACCUGACGCAACAUUUACAUGUCGUAAAGUUGCAUCUCGUAUCGAAGUUCAAGAUGACAAUAAAACUUAUCAACUUGAACAACCAUUUGAUGGUGUGACAUGUCCAGUCACGGAAUGGAAAUUCGAUAUAGACAAUGAUCACAUUCUUUCAAUUAAUCCAAGUGCACCAACGAAAAUAGACAGUAUUAUUGCUGCUCAUUAA